AUGGACGGCACUCAAAUACGCAAACGGCCACGGCCCGUAGUGUCGUGUCUUCGAUGUAGAGACAAGAAGCUGAAAUGCGAUCGAGUGACACCAUGCGAGAACUGCAUCAAAGCUGGAUGCUCAGCAGAAUGCGCGUAUAACCAGACCCCAGAGACCGUUGACUCAAUGCCAAAGGCAAAGCGAGUUCAACUUAAUGCUACAAAUACUGCAGUCAAUCAACCCGGAAGAGCCACAGGCAUAGGGGUCAUCGAGGAUCUCCAGCAACGAGUUGUCAAACUGGAAGAGCUACUAUCUGUCAGAUCGCAAACAGUCAACUUUGGACCGGCCAGAGAGGCUGCAGUCUUGGAUUCUGGUCCGCAGUCCAGCAAUAUCGUUACUCAAUCGGAAAAUUCGCCACCGUACCUUGGGACUCUGGUGGUCAAGGGGUCUCGAUCCCGAUAUCAUGGACAGAAUAACAGGAUCACUCUUCUUAACCAGUUUGCAGAAGCCAAAGACUUCAUCAACAAGUGCACCAAAGAUUCUACACUUAUUGGAUUGGCUAAAGAAGUACAGUUCCUUCAGAGCAAAUCACAACUACCAUUGAAUUCGCCAGAUUCAGUUUCAGAUGUGGAUGGCUCUCCGGAGCUUUUACAGCUCCGGGCGUUACUCCCUUCGAAAGCAGUGUGUGACCAGCUGCUAAAGACAUAUACCAAGAAUUUUGAGAAAACAUUGAGAAUUCUCCAUGUUCCUUCUUUUUUUCGUCAGUACGCGGAGUUUUGGACUGAUCCGGAUAAUGAAACUUACCGGUCAUCGCUAUUUAUCGCACAGCUCACGGCAAUAUUAAUUGUAUCACUCGCAUUGGAAGAAAAAGGCUUUAAAUUGGACCAUCCCUCCACAUGGGAAUACCUGAAGCUGACUGCAGUCGACCUUAUCCGAGCGUGGUUGCAAAAGCUGGGUAGAAAGCAACGAACUGAAUUCACAACACUACAAGUCCAGGUACUGAUUUUAUUAUCUUGUCAUCUACGGCUAGUCACCCCUGAGGAGUUAUGGAGAGAAAGUGGUACACUAGUACGCUCUGCAAUGGUGAUGGGUCUGCACUUGGAUCUCUCCAAGUCCACAAACUUCUCUGUCUUUCAGGCCGAAAACAGGCGACGACUGUGGAUAACCAUUGUAGAAAUGGAUCUCCAAGCUUCUAUAGCAUCUGGAAUGCCGGUCAUGGCCCCAGAACUCGAUUUUGGUCCUCUCAUUCCUGCCAAUCUCAACGAUUCCGAUUUCGACGAGUCGACGGCUGUGCUUCCUCUCUCCAAGCCUUUACAUGAAUCUACAGAUUCCCUGGCUCUGGUCACUCUGGCCAAGUCUUUGCAAUAUCGUGUCAGGGCUAUGGAUUUUGUGAAGAGUGCAGGCCCGGUUAAAGAUUUAAGCGAACUUGUAAAGCAAGGGCAGAGGUUAGAAGCUUGUCUGCGGCAGAUUCCAUCCGCCUUGAAACUGGAUCACACUCUGAAGGGUGAUGAUGUCCCAGCACUUCUGCUGAAUCGCGUUCUGGUGGAUGUAUAUACGCGCAGGCCUCUUCUUUGCCUCUAUAGGUCCGUAGCCAUGGGUGAUUGCCGCGACGAUCCGAUGUUCCUUGAGAUACAACGAGUAUGCCUGGAGUCGUCACUGGCGAUCUUAUCUUAUCAGGACUAUUUCGACCCUAACGUGGCCGACCUAGACGUCUUCAAUUCGACCACCUACUGGGAUAUCUUCCAAAUCUUCUGCAAAAACGACAUCUUAUGGGCAGCUCUAAGCGUGUGUGGUUACAUCAAGCUGUCCAGUCAACAACAGUCGGGCCCUCAGACUCCUUCCGAUAAUCCUCAGCCGGGUGUCUUCUCAAACUCACAGGGCAUGAUGCAUAGCAAAGCUAGCCUAACUCGUAUUGUCGAAAACUCUCUGGACAGUCUGACACGUAGAAUCGGAGAGAAUGGCAGCAAUAUCAAGGAUGUCCUCCUUCUUUCAGUUGUUCUCCAAUCAGUGCGAGCUCGAGGUUCAGCUCAGCUGAGAGAACGCUGGAUGUAUCAAGGAGCACAGAAAGCCUUGUCUGCUUGUCGACAACACCUACUCCCAACUAUGGCAGAGCAGCCAUACGCAUUUAAUCUACCUGACCUUGCACAGAUGCUUCAGUCUACCCAGCCCAUGCUUACACCGAACCAAGAAGCCCAACUAAAUCCCUCAGCUCAGCUCCAAUUACCAGAUUUCUUCGCUGAGUCAUCUGCACUAGCCACUGAAUUCAACAAUUUCCAAGGCGAUCCUUUUACAUUCGAAGAUGGGUCUUUUGCGUGGAAUCUAUAA